AUGGACGGGAAGGAGGAGCGGGACGGCAUCGAGGAGAGACUGAAGAAGCUGAGGGAUUCCCUGCGAAUCCCGCCAGGAGUGCCCCCACCAUCCCGUCAACAGCGGCUCCAGACGUGUGACCGCGUGCUCCGAUCCUGUGUGGAACAGCUGGGCCGGGAGGGUCCCCCCUCCCUUGGCCCCCCCCUUGUGGCCCUGGCCCAGGAGGCUGCCAGGGGCUACCUCAGCAUGGUCCCGAACCCCCCAGGCUUGUAUAUGGAGAAGAUCCUCUUUCACCUGCUCAAGAACGCUGUGAAUUCCUGCCAGAGCACCGGGAAUUCCUGCUGGGCUGCGGCAGAGCUGCUGUGGGAGCGGCUCCGAACCUACGCCCCCCUCCAGGACCCCCCCAAGGACUUCACCACCGUCACCUACAACGCCUUUUGUGUCCUCUGGAAAGGGGCAGCGGCCCUGGCAGGGCCUGACCGGCCUCGGGAAGAGGGAAGAUCCCUGUUUUCUGCCCAGAUCCGUGCCCUGCGCUUCCUGCUUCUGCUGGAGCGGGACAGGGGGUCUCUGCCCUCCCUGCAGCCCCCCUUCUUCACCUCCCAGACGGCCCAAAAGGCAGCAGCAGCCUCUGCCCUCUAUGAGGCCGAGAGGGCUCCCUGCCCUGUGUUCUUGGCUCGGCAGCUCCGGGAAUUCCUCCUGGAGACUCUCUGUAAUGAAGCCUCAAAUCCUCCCAGCAUCCAACACUCCCUGUGCUUCUUGGAGCUCACCCUGGAGCGCUCUAGGCACCUCUGCAGGGCUGGCAGGUUCCACGAGGCCCUGGAGGCCCUGGAGGAGGCCAAGGCAUUCCUGGGGCACUCCAGGGAGGAUUUGAGGGCCCCCCUGGUGCUGCUGGAGGCCGGGAUCCAGCUGGGAAAGGGGAGGUUCCCCCCAGGGCCCCUGCUGUGCCAGGCAGCUGCAGCACUGAGGGGGGAGGGCUCGGAGAGGACCCUUGGGGUGCUGCUGGAGGGGGCCCGGUUUGUGACGUCCCAGCUUGGGGAGGUGACGAGGAGGAGUCGGGAGCUGCCCUUCAGCCUCGAGGACCUACCUGGGCUCUGUGCCUUCACCGAGGGGCAUUGCCGGGCCCUGCAGCGGCUGCUGGGCAGGGUGCCCCCCGAUGCCCUCAAGCAGCAGGUGACGGUGAAGCAGCUCCUGUUCCGGAGCCUCCAGCUCUUCUCCAACACCGUCCACGACACCUUCCAGGGCUCCCAGCCCUCAGGGUGGCUGGGGCUGGCCCAGGUGAGCAGGAGCUGCACCCAGAGCGUGACCUGGAUGGUGGAGGCUCUGGAGGGGCUCCCCGAGACCGACAGGACCAAGUUCCUCGAUGUCACAGCCUCGUGUACCUUCAAGCUGGGCUUCGCCUUUCAGAGCCAGAACUUUCUGGAAGAGGCCGGAACCAUCUGCGAGCCCUUCUGCAGGGGGGUGGGGGAACUGGGGGGCUACGGCUGCCCUGACACUUCCCCAGAGAGGCUCCACAAGUGUUUCCGGGUGCAGGUGGAGAGCUGGAAGCGCCUGGGGUGGCUGGAACGGGCUCUGGGCUCAGUGACCACGUGGCUCCUGGCCCUGGCAUGGCCUGGGAGACCCCUGGCUCAGGCUGGGGGGGUCCUGGGGACCGAGCCCGGGGGGCUCCUGCAUGAGCCCGUGGGACUCUGGGCCAAGAUCAAGUUGGAGGCGGCCAAACAGGGACAGAAGGAGCUGCGGCUGCGGACCCUCAAGGACUCCCUGGAAGGCCAUUCCCUGGACAAGGCCACCCUGGUGUCCUUCCUGCUGGCUGAGCUCCAGGCCUAUAAGUGCCUGAAGUGGGACACGGGGCCAGAGCGUUACAACGUCCUGUGUGACCUCCUGGAGCUCUGCCCCGAGGACCCCGGGGGGCUCCUUCCUAGAGCUCUGGGGCUCCUGGAGCUGGCCCAGGUCCUGUGCUACCACAGCUUCGCCCCCCACACCAACUGCUCCGCUCUGGACGCGAUCCAGGAGGCCCUGAGGCUGCUGGAAAAGGUGCAGCGGAAUUCCCAGAACCGGGAUCAGCUCCUGGAUGAGAAGGCCCAGGCCCUGCUCUGGCUCCACAUCUGCACCCUCGAGGCCCACAUGGAAAAGGGCAUGGAGAGGGAGCAGAGGGGGAGGACCCAGGGCAGCAAGAACCUGGAGGACUUUGAGCCCAAUGACCUGAAUGCCGAGGGAAGGGCGGGAGAGGAGCCGGAUCCGUGGGAUGGGAUCAGCUGCACCCUGGACACUGACAGAGCUCUUACCAAAAGCCUGGAUGAAGCCUUUUCCUUGUGGAAGCAGCUCCUGGAAUCCCCUGGAAUUCCCCGUGUUCGGAGCCUGGAACAAACCGUGACCUCCCUGCACCUCCUGGCCACCCUCUACAAGCUCCUGGCCAAGCCCAUUCAAGCCCUGGAGAGUUUCCUGCUGCUCCAAUCCUUGUGCCGGAGCCUCGGCGACAUUCCUGGCACUGCCUGGGCCUUGUCUCACCUCACCCGGCUCCUCCUGCAGCUGGAAUGUCCCACCCAUGCCCAGGUUUUCCUGGAAGAGCUGGAGUCCAUCCUGAGGGAAUUCCCACGUGGAGAUGAAUCCCAGCAGCUCCUGCAACAUUCCUGCCUCCUGCUCCGGAGCCACCUGUGCUGUGUCAGCCAAAACGUGGAGGAGGGGCUGUCCCUGCUCCUGCAGGUUGUCCAGAGCCCCCUGGCCCAAAAGGCCACCAAGGGCUGGUACCUACUCCAGGCCCAGGGGCUCCAGGUGGUGGCCAUGUACCUGGGAAUGGCUCCUGCACACUUGGGUCCAGAGCUCCGACACCGGCUCCACCAGAAAGGCUGGAAGACGCCCAAAGUGGCCCUGAUGGAGGUCCAGAAGCUCCUUCGCAGUGUCAUCAUUUUCCUCCUGGGCUUUGACAUCCUGGGGGGCUCCCGGAACAACGAGGGGGGAGAGCAGUUCCAGGACUAUGGUGCCAACGUGGUGCUGAAGUGGGAGGUGCUGGGGGAGGCCCUGUGGUGCUGUGAGCGCCUGGUGAUGCUGCUGGGCUGGGCCGAGGUGCUGUGCCGGGCCAGGGCCUUCUGCGGAGAGGCCCUCAGGGUGUCGAGGCUGCUGCAGGGCACACGGUGGUGCACGUCAUUCCUUCUGCUGAAAUCCCAGCUGGAGCUGCAGCAGGGGGAGCUGGAGCUGAGCCAGCUCAACCUCCAGCACACCCUGUUCCUGCUGCAGCCCCACCCAGAGCCCAAACCUCCCCAGGAACCACUGCUCCCACCCAAGAUCCACCUGAGGAAGGGCCACAUGGAGCCAAGGAGGCGCUGGGACCACCCCAAAAAUGCCCCAGGAGAGGACGAUGAGGGGUUCCUGAAGGGCCCUGCCCUGGAAUUCGUCGCCCCUUCGAACUCCCAGGACCCUCUGGGUGCCCUCACAGCCUCCCCCGAGCUGAAACCCAUGAGGAAGAUUAACCUGGCCUUCCUCUCCCACCCCUGGAGCUGCCCCUGUUGCCGCUGCUCAGACCUGGUGGUGUCGGUGCUGGGCCUGCGCUGGGCCCUGGCCCAGUCUCGGGGCCAGGUCCUUGCAGGGGAGGGGGCCGCGGGGGUAGCCCUGGUGAGGAGGGUCCUACCCCGCUGUGCCAGGGUGGGCCAAAGGUUUGCCAGGGAGCUGGGGGAUAGGCUGGGGGGGCACCAUGGAGAAGGGGAGCCCCCCAGGGACAGGAACCACCCCAGGAACCAGGAUAUCCCUGGGAAUGGGGACCCUCCUGGGACUGGGGACCCUACCAGGCACGGGCACCCACUUGGGUACUGGGACCUGGGGCUGCAGGACCCCCAUGAGGACCAAGACCCUGCUGAGAACUGGGAUCUGCCCACCCUGGAGCCCCAGAACCCCCCCAAAACAAGACCCCAGCCCACCCUGGGCCUGCUGGAUGAGCUGGUGGCCAUGGGCUACUGCACCUUGGCCCUGCAGAGCCUGAGCAGCCCCGGGGGGCUCUGGGACCCCCAGGACAAGGAGCUGGAGUGGGGAUUGGCCUUCCUGGGGUCCUGCAGCCCCCACCUGCCUGGCCUGGGGGUCUCCAGAGCCACCCUCCUGCUGGCCAAGGCCACGGCCACCCUUGGCUACAUGGCCACCAAACUGGGUGAUGUUCAGAGGAAGAAGGAGCAGGAGACCCCCCAAAAAGGGGCUCUGGAGGAGAAAACAAAGCAGGGACCUCCCUCCCAGGGGGUGCUGGGGGGGCUGAACCCCCUGAGGGCCGUGGAGGAAGAGGAGGAGGAAGAGCUACGGCACAGCUUUGAAGCCCUGCAGGUCUCCCAGGAGUGGGAGGGACCCCCAGGGAGGGUCCAGCCCAAGGGGGAGGUCAAGGCCGGUGUGGAUGUCCUAGGCAGGGGGGACCUCCUGCCAGGUUUUGGGGGACCUCUGCCCAUGGCUGGAGGUCCCCCAUCCCUGGACUCAGUCCUGGGGCUGCUGCAGGAGGCCCUGGGCUGGAUCAGCCACUUCCCUCCGGGGUCCCUGUACGGGGGGCUGUGUCAGCUGCUGGCUCUGCUCAUGGGGGACAGGGACCCCCUGGGCACAGCGGGGCUGCUCUCGGAAUCCCUGUGUGUCACCGCCCGCCACCAGCUGCUGAGCAUCCUGCACAGCCGGGCAAGGAAGAAGAGGAAGAAAGAGAAGUUGGCGGGGGACGUGUCAGAGCAGCUUCAGGGCCUUUCCCUGCAGGAAGGGGGGGACCCCCCCCAGCCCUGCCCCCGCCUGGCCCAGCUCGAGGAGCUCUUCCAGUUCAGCUCCUCGGGGCUGGGGGCUCCAGAGAGGGAACAAUUCCAGGAGCAGAUCCAGCAGAUCCCCAGUGGGGUGACCGUGGUCCUGCUGGCCCUGGGCAGCCCCUGCCCGGGGGCCCUUGGGGACACUCUGCUCCUGACCCGGCUGGAGAGGGACAUGGAGCCCCUGAUCAUCCGGAUCCCCACCCACAGGUCCCAGGCCCCCCUCAGUUCGAUCCUGAGGGAAUUUGAGUUGAUCCAGUGUGAGCAGAAGGAAGCCAAUGGAUGCACAGACAAACAGGAGUGGUGGUCACGGCGUUCCCGGCUGGAUCAGAGGAUGAAGACCCUCAUCCAGAGCCUGGAGUCCCAUGUUUUGGGGUGUUGGCGGGGGCUGCUCCUGCCCAGGUCCCCCAGAAGCUCCCCCAGCUUGGCAGAGGAAUCCUCCCGGCUCAUCCCAGAGCUGCGGAGCUGUGGCUGGAAUGAGCCUAACCCCACCCUCGUCCAGGUGCUGCUGAACGGGGCCCCUGCACUGACCCCCCCCGAUGUCCAGGCCUUGGCCUUUGGCCUCUGCCCGGCCCGGCCCCUCCGGGCACGGCUGAUUCUGGAGGAGGCCCUGGAAGGGGCCCUGGAGAGGGGCCAGGGGGACAGGGUGGGGUCCCUGGUGCUGCUGCUGGACAAGCACCUGCAGCGUCUCCCCUGGGAGUCCCUCCCGGCCCUCGGGGCCGUGCCGGUGACGCGCCUCCCGGCCUUGCGGUUUCUACUCAGCUAUGUGAUGGCCCAGCAGAGCUCAGGGUCUGUCCUGGCCCGAGGGGUGAACCCCAAAAGCACCUUCUAUGUCCUAAACCCCCAUAACAACCUGGGGGGCACCGAGCAACGCUUCCGGGCCUGGUUUGAGAGUGAGCCCGGCUGGCACGGUGUAUCUGGCUCUAUCCCGACCCCAGAGCAGAUCCAGGAGGCCCUUCUGGAGCAUGACUUGUACAUCUAUGCGGGGCACGGAUCGGGGGUGCGGCUCCUGGACAGACAGACCCUUUCCCGGCUGGAAUGUCGGGCCGUGGUGCUGCUCUUCGGCUGCUCCAGUGCCGCCAUGGCCCUGAAGGGGGGCCUGGAGCCCACUGGGACCGUGCUCAGAUACAUCAUGGCUGGGUGCCCCCUGGUGCUGGGGACAUUGUGGGACGUCACUGACCGGGACCUGGACCGCUUUGCCCAGGCACUGCUGCAGGGUUGGCUGAGGGGGGGGCCUGGGACUCCUCUUCUGCCCCACCUGGCCCAGGCCCGCCAGGCUCCCCGACUCAAAUCCCUCAUCGGGGCUGCGCCUGUGGCCUACGGGCUCCCCGUGAGCCUCAGCUGAGAGGCAUCCCUCCCGUGGUCUUUGGGGUCCCCCCCAUUGCUUGUGGUGUGUGCUGGAAGGUCCCCCAGUUGGUUUUAGGUUCCCCCCUUACCUACAGGCUCCUCAUCUCCCUGUGGCGAUGUUUGGAGGGUUCCCCCCAUUGUUUGGGGGUCCCCUUGUUACCUUUGGGGUCCCCUCCAUUGCCUUGAUGAGGAUUUUGGGGUCCCCUACCCCAAUGGGGCCUUUUGGGGUGUCUGUGUCUGUUUGGGGGUCUCUGUUUUAGGGUCCCCCUGCCUGUUUUGGGGAGUUUUGCAAGCUUUAAUUUAUUUUAAUGAAAUUGUUUUUAUUUGAGUUUCUGCAACAAUAAAAUAAAUAAA